AUGACUACCUCGACCAUCUAUGCUACGGAGAUCGACGUAUUCACCGCAUGCCCGCCUUCUGUCCAAAAUUGUCCUAUCGGGCAGAUAAGUACUUACACCACCAGAAAGACCGUUGCUGUCUCUACGACGACAUACUUAGUCGCGGUCACGGAUUCUGCACAGGCCCCCGAGUCUACGAACGCAUCGGUGCAGCCCGUGGCAGUCCCUACUGUCUCACUCGCGCAUCUGCAUGUUCCCGGCUACGAGCCAGCUGGUGACACUAAAUACACCAUGUCACACGCUCAACCCUCUAACGUCUGGAAAUCUGCAAUCGCAUCCUCUGGAUCUACCCAGGGAGCUACGCACGGCACAACGACGAACACGGUUUCCGACCAAGCAACCUCUUAUGUGACAACUGCCUCUGGCAGCCUCUUUACCGGAGACGCUCCCAAGGUGGGGCAUUCCUCUACACUGUUCACUGUGGCGACUGUAGUGUUCACUCUCUUUUUCUUUUAG